AUGUCCUUCCGCGUUGGGUCCGACCGGGACUCAACGGCUCAAAGAGGUCCUUACGUCGACCAACUCGCUGGAUUUCAGUUCUCUUCCAACCGAUUUCAACUCAGCCGAGAGCCUCAACCACACCCUCUGGUCGCAACAGGAUCUGAAGACGCGGUUAUCGACUUAACUUCCAGUCCACCAAAAAGUCCGUCUCCGAGCUACUGGUCAAGACCAAGUCACAACAGCCACCAAGAGAACAGCCACCAGCCUAUUUUCUCGCCUGGCCAGCCACACACUGUUCAUCUUUCGGAUCCGAGCGGCGGCUCAACCGCCGUCUCCAGCAAUGCUGCCUCAAUUUUGGAUCCCUCGCCGCCCCCAGAUUCAAACCAGACUUCUGUCGAUCUUGAGGACAAAGACGACGCCGAGAUGCCUCGACGCCUGCCAACCGACGGCAAUCUGAAGUCUCCCCAGCAGAUCACGCCACCCUCAUCCACCCGUCCAUCGAGUUUUCAGUCUCCAAAGCACAGCAAGCAUGGCUCUGCAUCAAAAAAGCAGACACCAAAGAAGACCAAGGUGGACUUCAGUCAGAUCACCGCUGCCCUCACAGACUUUUCCAAGGACAUACGCAAAGAUCACGAAAAGCUUUGCAUGUAUGCUCUCAAGUCCACCAAGCCAGUUGAGACGCGCGUCAAAACUGGUGUCGACUGGUUCGCUGACGUGAGCCUCUCACCGACCACUGAGGAGAAAGGAACCACCAUGAAAAUUCGGUGCAAGCAACACUUUCGCGGCAGAAAGGCGGACCAGGCCAGGGAUCUGCAUUACAAGCCUGCCUGCGUCAAAACCAACAAGGACGCUGUGCCCAAAUAUCGAUUUCACCACACCGAGAUUGCGAAGAACGUCCUCUCGCCAAAUUCCAUGCUCAAGUUCAACCCCCAUAUUCGGGAUGUUGCGCCCCAUGAGGAGAAACAGUACGAUCUCUGGCUUAAGGAGCUGGCUCGGAUGGACUCCAGUUGCGGCUUCAUUCCGCUAGGCAGCCGCGAGGACCAACAAGUUCGAGCUAUUCGCAAGGAGCGGACAUUCAUCUUGUCUCUCUACCUGGAUUCCUGGCUGAAGAAGCUUGGCAUCGAAAAAUGCAACCGAACAACAUUGAUCCGCCACAUGGCGAGCUCCGAAUCUGAUGAUGCAAUCACGCCGCAGCAGAAGACGACCUUGGUCAACUUACACAGUGAUGAUAAUUUCGCAACUGAGCCUAAAGCCCUUGAGGCGGCUAGAGUCUUCACUGAGGCAUUCGAUCAUGUGUUUUACAUAAAGGCAACGUCCGGCAAGCUGGGGAUCCUUCUUCGCGAUGUCCUUAAGCUGGACAAAACUGUCGAAGAAAUUGUCGAGUCGAAGAAGACAGCAAAGGUUGGCCAGACCGAAACUGAGAAGGCACCAUCUCUCCAGCAAUCUCUUGAGCAUUGGAUCGAAACUCAUACGGUCAUGGGCUGCCUCAUUUGCUACAGCAACUCCUGCGAGCAUGGGGAUUACAGUCUGGAAAAUCACAAGAGAAACUUUUCUAUGGACUGCAUCGGAAUGUACGGACAAAUGUUUUCGGCGAACCGUACCGUAUCUUCAAAGGACCCGGUUCAGCAAUUGGAUCCUCCACUCCCUUGCAAGCGACAAUGUUUCCGAAACAAUGCCAUCGGUAGCUCUGAUGCCAAAUGCAGACCAUGGACGGAGAAUGAGACUCUCCUGUUGCAGGGUCUCUAUGCUAUCUUGGAUCACAACAAAGUCAGGGUCAAGGCACAAUGCGCGACAGCUGAGAUUCUGGGUCGAGAUUGCUGGGAUGUUCAUCGUCAUUUGCAGUCUUUGGGCAUCGUUCUCCCACCCAUUCAGACCGUGGAUCAGGAGCGGGUCAAAAACCUUUCAUGGUACGAUCGCAAAAAGAAGAUGCUCAUCGGGGACUGGCAGGACCAAACUUACUCUCAUGACACCAAAGUCCGCCCAUCUAACGACCCCUGUCACCAUGAGGGUAUCUGCUCUGCAGAGAAUGAUUGUCCUUGUGUUCUCAACAACAUUCUCUGUGAGCGAUUUUGCCGCUGCACUGAGGAGUGUUGCGCGUACAAAUUUACCGGGUGUGGUUGCCAUGCCAGCGGCAAGACAUGUUUGCAGAAGCAGAAGGAAGGCCGCCCUUGCAUUUGCGUUCAGCUAAACCGCGAGUGUGACCCGGAUCUUUGCGGAACCUGCGGCGCCGCCGAACGAGCCGAUCCUGCUAAUCAGCACAACGAUGCGAUGUUUCACACGGGUUGUCAAAACAUCUCUAUCCAGCGAGGUGUGAGCAAAGCCGUCAUCGUAGGACAAAGUCAACUGGAGGGCUGCGGAUACGGUUUAUUCACUGCAGAAGACAUUGCCCAGGAUGAGUUCGUCAUUGAAUACACCGGAGAGCUCAUUGUCGCGGACGAGGGAGUCAGGAGAGAGGCGAGACGCGGGGAGGCUUUUGCUGCAGAGAAGAGCACUUCGUACGUGUUCAGUCUUUUGGACUAUGAAGGCAUCUGGGUUGAUGCAGCUAUCUAUGGCAACCUCAGCCGCUAUAUCAAUCACGCCGUCGAGAACGCCAACGUCCAACCGAGCAUUUUCUACGUCAAUGGCGAAUACCGCAUCCGCUUCUCGGCCACGCGCAACAUCAAAGCUGGCGAAGAACUAUUCUUCAACUACGGAGAGAACUUCCCCAACUUAACUAAGAAAAUGAUGAAAGAGAAGGCGGAUGUUGAAGCCGACGAAGCAGCAGGGGGUACUGUAACUGCGCCUACCAAGCGCGGUCGUGGUAGAGGCGGACGCCGGGCACGAACCGUUUCAGAAAAGCCUGCUACGCAGAAACUUACCAAAGCCAAGAUUGCGAAGGCCGUUCGCACAGGAGCGCGCAAGGAGGCGCCGAAGAUAUCAGUGGACGACUUUGAGGCUCUGGCCGACUUGGACGACAUGCCAGGCCCGAGUCGAAAACGGAAGCGGGCUGCUAAGAGCGAUGAUGAGGAGGAGGAAUACCACCCAUCGCUUGAGUCCGAAGAUGCGCAAGAAGCAGGCAAGCGCGUCCCUGCUGCCCAACGCCGUGCUCGCCGCACGAGGUCCAGAGGACGCAAUGCCUUCUCAGACUCCGAGGCAGAAGACUCUACCCAGGCAUCACCUCAUCCUAAGCGCGGACGAGGACGUGGUCGUGUUGCUGCUUCUGAGAAUGCCGCCACUGAAACGGUCACAGCGAGCCAAAGUUUCUCCGCAAAAGGGGAUACCAGCGGGCCACCUGUGAAGAAACGUCGCGGACGUCCACCGAAGAAUCCUCGCCCGGCAAGUCCGGUCGCUGAGAAUGAUGACGUCCAGAACGAAAUACACGCAAGUUUCAACUCCUCCAAGAGCGGCGCAGAGGCUGUAGAGGGCGAUACAAUUUCUGUAGUGAACCCUCCAAGGUCUGCUCGCGGACGCAGAGUCAUCUCGCAUGGUUUUAGCCCACGGGUUGAUCGCAUGGAUCUUGACGAUGAGGCCCUAGACAUCAACGCAACUCCGACUCGCUCGAGGGGUCGAAAAACAGCCGAUGAGCAGUCAGCUGCGGUCAGGGACACUCCGCGGACUAGACGACUCCAGCUUCGCAACGAAGGGCACGACAACGACGCCCUGUAA